ACUCCCACCGCCUCCAGUCACUACCACCAACAUUACAAUCAUUACUACUACUAAUACUUUAGUGUCACCGCCGCUACCGCUCUUGGUACAUAGGAUAAAAGCAGAGUGAAGCUUGUCUCAAAAGUCCCUGAAUCAGCUCUUGUCACCAUGUCUGCAGGAAUACCACCACCCAUCAAAGAUGUGAAGAUCAAAUACUCCCAGAUCUUCAUCAACAAUGAAUUUGUGAAUUCAGUCAGUGGCAAAACCUUUCCAACUCUGAAUCCCUGUCAUGGAGAACCUAUUUGUCAGGUCCAGGAAAGUGACAAAGCUGAUGUAGACAAAGCUGUAGCAGCUGCUAAAGCUGCUUUCAAGUGGGGCUCAGAAUGGCGCCGUACAGAUGCAAGCAAAAGAGGUUUGCUGCUCAACAAGUUGGCUGACUUGAUUGAGAGAGACCUUGUCUAUGCUGCAAGUCUGGAAACAUUGGAUUGUGGCAAACCUUACAAAGCAGCAUUUGGUGAUAUAGCAUUUAGUGUCAAUUGUCUACGAUAUUAUGCUGGUUGGGCAGACAAGGUUGAAGGAAAGACAAUUCCAGUGGAUGGUGACUUCUUCUGCUACACCAAACAUGAACCUGUUGGAAUAUGUGGACAGAUCAUUCCAUGGAAUUAUCCAAUUCCAAUGUUCAUAUGGAAAAUAGCUCCUGCCUUGGCUUGUGGUAAUGUUUGUGUUGUGAAACCUGCUGAACAGACACCUCUCACAGCUUUAUAUAUGGGUGCUCUGAUAAAGGAGGCAGGUUUUCCACCUGGUGUUGUUAACAUCGUACCUGGCUAUGGGCCCACAGCUGGAGCAGCAAUAAGCACACACCCUGAGAUUAACAAGGUAGCAUUCACUGGUUCAACAGAGGUUGGUCAAGUAAUUAUGCAAGCUGCUGGUGCUUCCAAUUUGAAGCGUUGUUCUCUGGAACUUGGUGGCAAAAGUCCAUGUGUUAUUUUUGCUGAUGCUGACCUUGAUUCUGCAGUAGCAGUAGCUCAUGAGGCUGUAAUGACCAACAUGGGUCAGUGCUGUGUUGCUGGUUCGCGUACAUAUGUACAGGAAGGCAUCUAUGAUGAAUUUGUUGCCAAGAGUGUUGCAAGAGCCCAGAAACGAAAAGUUGGUGAUCCCUUUGACUCUGAAACAGAAAAUGGACCUCAGGUUGAUGCUGACCAGCUGUCUAAGAUCAUUGAUUUGGUGAAGAGUGGAGAAUCAGAAGGUGCCAGGAUGAUGUGUGGAGGAAAACAGAAAGGGGACAAAGGAUAUUUUAUGGAACCAACUGUCUUUGCAGAUGUCAAAGACAACAUGAGAAUCAGCAAAGAAGAGAUAUUUGGUCCGGUACAACAGAUUAUAAAGUUCACUGAUAUUGAGGAAGUCAUAGAUCGUGCCAAUAAAACGCACUACGGUCUUGGAGCUGCUAUCUUCACAAAAGACAUUGACAAGGCUAUGACCUUCACAAGUGCUGUUCAGGCUGGAACUGUUUGGGUGAACACCUAUAACAGUGUAUGCCCACAAUCUCCAUUCGGUGGAUUUAAAAUGUCAGGAAUUGGCAGAGAACUGGGAGAAUAUGGUCUUCAUGAAUACACAGAAGUGAAAAAUGUCAUUAUUAAAGUUGCCCAGAAGAAUUCUUAGAAUUUCAUAGAUUUCCUUCACUUUGGAGCAGUUGACUGAACGGACCAAUGACUCUGAUCUUCCAAUAAAAUUUUUAUAUUAAUUCCAAUUCUACAGAAAAAUGAUAUUGAAAGAAGCUAACAUAUUUUUCCUAAUCUUCUACCGGUUUAUGAAACUCAUUUGUUACUCUGAAAUAAUAAAAAU